AUGAAUAAUUUGUUGGAGAAUUUCACACAUACUCUUCCUCUUCUCUUACAACAACACCAUUUGAUUUUCAAAGAAUUUUAUAAGUUUGAAGAAUCUGGAGGAGUCAUCAAUUCAAUAUUCAUGAUCCGAGCUGUUAGAGAGGGAACUCUCGAAGGUGUUGAACUGGUUUUGCGAAUUUCCAAUUGUCACACUUUCUGGAAAGGAAUUUCUGUUCGGAAUGAAGUCAAAUGCAUUCUAUUUGCUGAGAAAGCUGGAAUACCAACACCUAAAAUUGUUUCCUAUUCAGAUAAUGCUGAAGAGUCCCCUCUUGGUUGCGAAUAUAUUUUGCAAGAGAGGGCAAAAGGACAAACUUUGGCAAACUCUUGGAGAUUUCUCUCAAUCAAACAGAAAGUUCAGCUUCUUGAGGAGUUGAUCGUUAUUGUUGGAAAAUUACACACAAAUUCCGAGAAUAAGAAGGAUGAUUAUCAAGUUGGAUCCUUGUUGGGAAGUGAAAAGAGUUCUCUUGGAGUAAUUGUUGGUGAUUGUGCUCCAUUGGGACCUUUCAAGAAUUUGAAAGAAAUGGUCAUUGAGCAAAUAGAUUUCACUCUGAAUCAAAUUUCGAAUACUGGAGAACAAGUUCAUUAUCCUCAUUAUCUUGAUUUUGUUUCUCUUCAUUCAGAACCUCUUCUUGAUUUGAAAUCCAAACUGUUGCAUACAGAUGAUGGAGUGGAAGAUCCUAAUGUCUAUCAAUUUUGUCAUUGUGAUUUGAAUGCAUCGAAUAUAAUGAUCAAAAGCAAUGCAUCCUUAGAUACAGCAAAGGUAUCUGCCGUUCUUGAUUGGCCACAAAGCAGAUUCACUUCAGUUGUAAAGGAGUGUGAAACUCUAGCUCAUUGGGCCUGUCUUUUAGAAAUGCUGAACAAGGACAUGCCCGUUUCAGAUAUGGAAACAUCAUUUGAUGAUAAACAAGUCAGAUCCAAAGUAAUAGAAAUUAUCGUCCCAAUUUGGGAAAAGAAUGGUAUAAAUGUUACCAUUCCAGACGAAACUACAUUCACACGACACCAAACCUAUCUCAAUAUUUUAUAUUCUAUUCCAAGAUUGUACUUUUUCACAAACAGUUGGUUUCAUGGCUUGAUGAAAAUGGGCAACUUUGACCUGCAACUUGGCUACAGAGACGAACCAUUUGAUGGCAGUGAGGAAUUGAAACAAUUGUUAGAGGAUAUUAAAAAUGUUCUGUUAAUCUUCUAUUUCGUACACUUUCAAGUUCACCAUUACCUUCAAAAGGUUCACCAUCUCACAAAACAAAAUACCAAAAAAAUGUUUUCACAACUACCCUCUGUAAAUUCUGUUUUAUUUGGUGGUGGCUAUCCAUCACAACUAUCUCCAACAACUCCUCCUUUCGGUGGUGUUAAUUUGUUUGGUGGUGCUUCUUCCAUGAUGAACAACAUAAAUAAUGGCUUAAAGUUGACUGUUAGAGAACCUACUGCAGAGGACACAACCCGAUCAUUGAUCAUGAUGAUGGAAAAAGUAAAUAUUGGAUCAUCAUCAGGUGGUGGUGAUGUGUCAUCAAAUAUUGAAAGUUUGUCAGCAAAUGAAACUAGCCAAUUAUUGAAUAGACUUCCGAAUAUUGCAUCUGAAGUGGAUGAUUGCAAGGAUUUCUUCAUGAGGUUUGUUUUCUUUUACAAUAAUAAUUUACAAUUUAAAUAA